CCUAACCCAAUUAUAUUUUAUUUUGAUUGUUUACAUUUGCCGAUGACUGCAUCCUAUCCGAUGAGUCAAAUGCAAUUAAAAUUUUUAAACUAUACUUUUAUUACCUUAGUAAACGCAAAGCAAGAUUGGGAAUCCAAUAUUAGGAUUACGAGAUGCACGAGAGUUUUAAUUUCAAGACUGCGUAGUUAAUCACUAGUGAGGCAAAAUGUCAUCUAUAGACUCUACCACUGUUGAAAGCUUGAAUUCAAUUCCAAUAAGUGAAGCAGAUUUUUAUAUUGGCCUGUGUUUGGCUGUAAGUUCCUCUGCAUUUAUUGGUUCCAGUUUUAUUAUUAAAAAGAUUUCCCUCAAAAAACUGAAUAAAGUUGGUUUACGGGCAUCGGCUGGCGGAUUUGGAUACCUAAAAGACUGGACAUGGUGGAUAGGGUUUUUAACAAUGGGUGUGGGAGAACUGGCCAAUUUUGGUGCUUAUGCAUUUGCACCAGCAUCACUGGUAACACCAUUGGGUGCACUCAGUGUUUUGGUUUCUGCAAUAUUAGCCUCAAAGUUCCUCCAUGAAACACUUAACGCCAACGGAAAGAUGGGCUGUAUCCUAUGUAUUCUUGGAUCCAUAGUAGUAGUGAUUCACGCACCACACAGUGAAGAGUUUCCAUCCAUGGAUGCUUUAAUGGUCAGAGUUCUAGAGCCUGAUUUCCUUUAUUAUGUAUUCAUUGUCUCUGUCAUAGUUAUAGUGAUAAUGUUUUUCCUAGGCCCACGCUAUGGCAACAAAUAUGUGGCCGUCUAUGUUGCUUUAUGUUCAGCCACUGGAAGUUUGACAGUUAUGUCAUGUAAGGCGCUGGGGUUGGCUAUAAGAAGCUCAAUUUCAGGUGAUCUUCCUACCAAAGACGUUUGGAUGGUAAUUGUCAUAUUCUGCGCUGUAAUCUGCUUUAUCUGCCUACAGAUGAACUACCUUAACAAAGCUCUCGAUGUUUUCGAAACAAGUAUAGUAACCCCAGUUUACUACGUCAUGUUUACCACAAUGGUAAUUGUGGUAUCUGCUAUUUUAUUUAAAGAAUGGGUCAACAUGGAAGCCACCAGUGUUUUGGGGGCAAUCUGUGGAUUUGGUAUAACCGUUGUAGCUAUAUUUUUAUUAAGUUAUAGCAAUAAAAAAACAAAUGAACAUCCAUUAGCGCCUUCUAGGGCAGUUAUAAGACAAUACGGCAGCAACACUUUGUUGUCUAGGACAGUAUGACGAAUAAUUUGCUGACUUUUACGAUAAGUUUUCCUUGAAGAAUUUACAAUGUGCGACUCUAUCACAAACGGAUCAAACAUAUAUAUUUUUGUUAUUACCUGUUGCUACUAUUUAUGUUUUUAAUUACAAAAGGUUAUGUACUUUGUAAAAAAUGUUUAAUUUUACUUUAUUUAUGUAUAAUAAGUACCUAUAUUUUUGCUCUGUGAGAUUCAGGUUCCUAUAAGACUGCAUUUUAACGUAGGCAUACAAAAAUCUAAAGAAAAAAAUAAAUGUACAUACAGUAAUCCAAUGUUUCAUUUUAGCCAAUUUAAACUAUUUGUCUUUCCUAGUGGCAUUUGUC